CCAACAAUGGCAGAAAUACGUCUUAAAUUAACUGAAUCCGAAUAUGCAGAUACCGGCAAAGUCGGAUCAGUAUCUUGGCUUAUUGAGGGAAUUAACUUGGAGGAUGCACAGGAUGCAUUGAGGGUAGAUAUCCGGCAGCUUCCAAGAGACGCUUCUGCUACUCAGAAGGCGGUGGUUGCUGAGAAGCGACAAAAAUUAGCUGUGAGGAUCUCAAAAUAUCAUGAAAGAACUGAUGCCAUGACCCAGGGUAUCGAAGUCAACUCGGGUACAGUGCCCCUGGAUGACAUCAGAUUUUGCACUGCAGAUGUCGUGGAGUUAGGGCCAGAAGCUACAGAUCUGGAAUUUGCCUCAGAGGAAAUUGUUGACUCAGAGGAAGUUCCUGCAGAAGUGAUGGGAUAUUUGGAUGCUCUAGCCCUUGGGUUGGGUGCUCUAGUGGCCGAAGAACUCCAGUUACGGCAGGGUCAGUCAAAUGAUUGCCUAGAAAGGUUACGACAGGCUCUUGGUCACAAAUCAAUCAUUUACCGUCAACACUUCCGAAGUGCGGAUUCCACAUGGGCAGGCACAAGGUCGAAGCAAGAGGCUUUACGGUGCCAGAUAAAAAUUGAUAAGUAUGUUCGAGGCUAUCAAAGGGCAAGGGAUGCAAUGCAGAGGCUGGGAGUAGACGAAGAAACCCUCACUAAUGUUUAUCAAGAAAUUCAGCCCAGCCAGCUCACUGUGAAUCAGGAAGUGACUGAGGAGAAUAGACAUGGGCAGGGAUCAGACAGACUGGCUUGGUUUUGGAGGAUCAACAACGGUGGUAAUACUCAUGAAGACCCAUGGAUGGAUGAAUUCUACAGGGUCAAUUGGUUAAAAGCUAAGGCUAGGUGGCAAAGGUGGGAGGAGGAGUUGAGUUUGGUCCAACAUGAGAUGGGUUGGACAGUUGGCUGGUUUCAGCAAAAGAAGGAUGAAUGGCAUAGAAGAUAUCACCAAGCCAAAAAAGCUGGCCAUCAAGAAUAUGCACAGCAGCAGGUGCUCUUGUGGGAAAAGUUUGAAUUGGAUGCCCAGAAUGCAUUCAAGGGCAAAAUGAUUAUAGUUGAUUAA